UUCGACCCUGGCGCCGCCCUCAGUCCCCAGGCGCUAGCUGACUGGGGUAGUUGGGACCGUUAGCUCGGCAGGCUGGCAGGCUCCGGGGCGCUACUCCAUUGGCGGCCGGGAUGGAGACGAUGCGAGCGCAGCGGCUGCAGCCUGGUGUGGGCACCAGCGGGAGGGGCACUCUCCGAGCGCUGCGGCCCGGAGUGACUGGGGCUGCGGCUGCCGCCGCCACACCCCCUGCGGGUCCCCCGCCUGCCCCGCCGCCUCCCGCACCGCCCCCGCCGCCGCUGCUCAUGUCUGGGGCCCCAGGACUGCCCCUGCCCCCCGGCGCCGCCGGCAGCCCGGCAGUGCUGCGAGAGGCCGUGGAGGCCGUAGUGAGGAGCUUCGCCAAGCACACGCAGGGCUAUGGCCGAGUGAAUGUGGUGGAGGCACUUCAGGAAUUCUGGCAGAUGAAGCAGUCCCGUGGUGCUGACUUAAAGAAUGGGGCUCUAGUGGUUUAUGAGAUGGUUCCCUCCAACAGCCCUCCUUAUGUCUGCUAUGUCACGCUGCCUGGGGGAAGUUGCUUUGGGAGUUUCCAGUUUUGCCCCACAAAAGCUGAGGCCCGGAGGAGUGCUGCAAAGAUUGCGCUAAUGAAUUCUGUGUUUAAUGAACAUCCUUCCCGAAGAAUCACUGAUGAGUUCAUCGAGAAGAGUGUCUCUGAGGCCCUGGCAUCUUUCAAUGGCAACAGGGAGGAAGCUGACAACCCAAAUACAGGGAUUGGUGCCUUCCGAUUCAUGCUGGAAUCCAACAAGGGCAAAUCAAUGUUGGAGUUCCAGGAGCUAAUGACAGUUUUUCAACUGCUACACUGGAAUGGCAGCCUUAAGGCCAUGAGGGAACGACAAUGCUCUCGGCAGGAGGUGUUGGCUCAUUAUUCGCACCGGGCCCUGGAUGAUGAUAUUCGCCACCAAAUGGCCUUGGACUGGGUGAGCCGGGAGCAGAGUGUGCCAGGGGCACUCUCUAGAGAGCUGGCCUCUACUGAGCGGGAGCUGGAUGAAGCCCGACUGGCAGGCAAGGAGCUGCGCUUCCACAAGGAGAAGAAGGAUAUUCUUGUGCUGGCUGCUGGGCAGUUGGGCAAUAUGCAUUCUUCCAACUGCUAGGCAUCCACCCACAUACUCCCCAGCCUUUCCACAGCCUUUUUUGUAUGUCUCCUUUCUAAGAUUUAGGAUGAUUUUUUGUACAUACUUUCUCAAUUUUAUACUUUAAAAAAAUAUAUAUAUAUGUGUAUAGAUUCUACACCUAGAUUCCUAUUUGCUAAGAGAUCCCUUUUCUUACUUCCAGUUUUUGGAUGUAGUUUUAUUUGAAACAUCUUCAGUUCACUUUACAAGAAAGAGCAGGUUGUCUUUGAAGCUUUGUUAGCUCUUAAACUUCCAGAUUAACUGUGUAGUCAUUUCAGUAGCACUAAAAGAUUAACUC